AAAGGGUUUUUCAUCGCACGCGGCGGUAACCUGUGAGCCUCUUGGGCAGUCUGCGUUUACUGUGUGUGUGUGUGUGCGCGCGGGUGUUUGUGGGUGCGUGGCGUCGCGGGAGCAGCAAGAUGGCAAAGGCGGCCGGGCAGGCCGGGGAUGAGACUCCCACGCGAGCGCGCCGCGAGGCUGAGGCGCGUAAACGAAGUCCAAGCCCUGGUACUGUCAGCGCAGACCGCAUCAUGAUCGCAGUGGCGCUCGUGGUGGUGAGUGUGGCCCUGUACGGGUACGAGGCCUACUCCCACCGCGUGCAUCGCGACUGGAGCGAUUUGAGCAACUUGGAUAGCAUUGCUUGGCAAACCAUUGAGGGCAUCAUCAUGUCUCACAAAGCAGAUACGGGCAUGCCGGCCAUGUUGACACGAAUCUCUGAGAGCAAGGCCGCAGCUGGCCGACACUACUUGGUGACGGGUGGCAAUCGGGGUCUGGGCCGCGCAAUAACCCGUCGACUCCUCUGCCUUGGCGCAACAGUCACCAUUACCAGCCGAAGCACUCCUCAUGAUCUUGCCGAAUCCAUCGCUUUUGAGGCAGCUGGAAUCGAGCAGUGCUCACUGCCAGAUCCCAAAUUGCUUGCUGCACGGCUGCGUGUGCAGGCCUUGGAUUUGAGCAAUCUCCAGAGCGUCAAGGCCGCAGUGGCUGCACAGAGCGACGCACGUCACGGGCAAGCGUUUGAUGCCGUCAUUCUCAAUGCAGGGCUUGCACCGCUGGGCAAGCGGCUGACGGCACAAGGCUUUGAGGAGGGGUUGGGCGUCAACUGCGUUGGUCAUUACGUUCUGACCAAGCUGCUCGUGGAGCACGGGCUACUGGCUGCCGGCGGACGCCUGGUGGUUGUGACCAGCGAGACGCACCGUGCCAGCCCGCCCCUGGAUUUGGAGCAUCUAUUCGAUCCCGUGACAUAUGCUUAUGGUGAAUCCAUGACAUAUUAUGCGCGCAGCAAACUGGCCGUCAACACCGUGGCGACGUACUGGACGGAAACCUUGCGUGGGCAGGUAUCCGUGCACAGCAUCUGCCCCGGCCCCGUGGCAACUGACAUUGCGCGUCAUGCGCCAGCAGGCCUCAAAAUCUUGGUCGAUGCCUUUAUGAAAGCUAUUUUUCAAACCCCAGAUGAAGCUGCCCUUCCGGUUGUGAUGCUUGCUGUGGAUGAAAAUUAUGCGGAACGCACGGGUGAUUACUUCCACAUGUACAAGCCCAAGGCGCAGCGCGCUGAUGUGGUUGAUUUUGAACCUCUGGAGACCGGCGUGAUGGUGCUUGUCCUGAUCAUUGGUGAUAUGCACAUCCCUCAUCGGGCCAGCAACCUGCCCGAGAAAUUCAAGGCACUGCUGGUGCCCAACAAGAUUCAACACAUUUUGUGCACGGGCAACUUGGUGAGCCGUGACAUGUUUGAUUACCUCAAGACUUUGGCCUCGGACGUACAUGUCACAGCCGGCGACUUUGACGAGUCUUCAUACCCGGAGCAAAAGGUCGUGACAAUUGGCAGCUGGCGCAUUGGUCUUUGCCACGGGCAUCAAAUUGUGCCAUGGGGUGAUCAUGAUGCUCUUGAGCUCAAGGCCCGGCAACUCGACGUGAACGUCCUGAUUACGGGCCACACGCACAAGUUUGAGGCCUGGUCUGCGCACGGUCGCUAUUACAUCAACCCUGGCUCGGCCACCGGUGCCUUCAACAACACCUCGGCCAGCAGCGUUCCCAGCUUUGCCCUUAUGGACGUGCAGGCAAGUACCAAGACCCGCGACUCCCCCCGUUGCUCACUGCCGAACGUGUGCGAGCGGCCCGCGUUUGUUGUCAAAGGUGGCUGGGACCCCUAUAGAUCCAAUCGACCUAACUUUACAAACGUGACCUAUAAACUGGACUUGGAAGGGAGCAUCAUGGCGCUGGAGCAGUGGGAGUUUUGGAUUCACAGGGCAGAGGAGGCGCUCGUGGCCGCCUCUUUAUUGCUGUUUCCAGCGGCGGCACUCUACAACUACAUCAAUUCAAGUGUGCCGGUUGCGGCAUUGAUUCGCAUGCGACUCUGCAACCAUGAAUUGUUGGCCGAAGCUCCAGACAUGACACCCAUUUCUCUGGGCCACGUUGAUGCCCAGGACAUUGCUCUGCCACAGGCCCAUGCUCAUGAUGCUACACCCAGCAACGUGAGCCGGCCACGGCUGUCAACGCAGCGCCGCGAGUUGGACUGCAUCAUUUGGGGGGAUACUGUACGGGCGCUGCACGUCAGUGUCGAACACGAUGCCUGGUUUAGCCAAGUCUUGGGGUCUCCCGUCAUGCUUGUCGAGUCAAUCCCCACAGCGCGUCAGCUCUCGCCACAAUUCUACACUGAGGAGGAGCGCACCCUGCGUUUCGCGGACGGCUACCCUCUAUUGAUUGGCAGUGAAGCUGCACUCGAGCAGCUGAAUAGCAAAUUGCGUCACAAGUGGAACAACGAUCUGCACUUGAACUGGGAUCGCUUCAGGCCAAAUGUCGUGGUGGAUGGCUGCGAAGCCCACGAGGAGGACUGGUGGUACGAUUUGACGAUAGGGCAUCUGCCCAUGAAGGCGUGCAAGCCGUGCUCGCGGUGCUCCAUGCCCACCGUCAACCAAGAAACGGGCACCCGUGAUCCAGACCAGGAGCCCACACUGACAUUGAAGACCUACCGUGACCACAACAACACGCCCUACUUUGGCGCCAAUGCCGUCGCCGUUGCACGAGCGGGCAUGCUGCACACUGGGGACGUGGUGCGGGUGCAAUCGCGUGCAUGCACACCUGUGGCUGCGCUGAGCGGCCGGAGCGCGCCAAACUGA